AUGAUAAACAACGAUUGCCAAUCAGCUGGCUCUCAAGCAGCUAUGGAUAUAAAAACAGAUGAACGACCGGGGUGUUCUAAGUGCCAGCUCUUGGAUUUGCCCUGGGAGGAUGUUCUUGUCACUCAUGUUUUCUGCUACCUCCCUCUUCGCCAUCUUGUCAGUCUCCAGCGAGUCAGCAAGAGUUUCCGUUCCCUCAUACAAGUGUACCUGGCCAACUGUCGCGUGUUUGACGCCACACAGUUAGGACCUCACAUUCCCAAAGAGGCCUUCUGCAACAUGUUACAGGACAACAAAGUCCUUCAGAGCCUGGCAAUCCAGAACUGCUCAGACUGGAUCACUGACAUUGAACUGCUGCCCGUGAUUGGCCAGAACCAGCACCUGCUGCGCGUGGACAUGCGCGGUUGCUCCCGUUUGAGUCGCCACUCUCUGGUAGCUGUGUCAUUAACCUGCGGGCGGCUGCAGCACCUGGGCUUGGCGCAUUGUGAGUGGGUGGACAGUCUAUCUCUGCGCAGCCUGGCUGAUCACUGCAGGGAGCUGCGUUCGCUAGACCUCACCGCCUGCCGGCAGCUGAAAGAUGAGGCCAUCUGUUACCUGGCCAGGAAGUGUCGGGUGCUGCGUUCGCUCUCUGUGGCGGUCAACGCUAACAUCACGGACGUGGCUGUGGAGGAAGUGGCCAAGAACUGUAGGGAGCUGGAGCAGCUGGACCUGACAGGCUGUCUCCGUGUACGCAACGACGCCAUCAGGACUGUAGCAGAGUACUGUCCCAAACUGCAGUCCCUUAAGGUUAACCACUGUCACAACGUCACUGAGUCCAGCCUUGGCCUCCUGAGGAGACGCAACGUGGACAUUGAUGUAGAACCUCCUCUGCAAAGAGCACUUGUGCUCCUACAGGAUGUGGUGGGCUUUGCCCCUUUCAUCAAUCUCCAGAUAUAG